AUGUAUCGUGAUGAACAAAUGUUUACCUCAUAUUACGAGUCGUUAUGUCGGCAACAAUGCCCGGAACAGGAGGCGAGACAACAAGGGGGUGCGGAGCCAGAGACCGACGCACAAGGGUAUGGACAGCAGCCUGGUGAAAGCAGUGGAGGGUCCAAGAAAAUGCGAAGGUUCUCCCCUGUUGUUGAGAAAAGGAACUCGUCAGAUACAAACCCUCUAUACGAGCAAGAGAUAGUUGAUGAGCUACAAGAUCUACAAGAUCUAGAGGAUUUGGAAGGCUUGCGUAGAAAGGGUAUCGAGUACACCCCCUUCAAGCUGACAAAUGAGCUUCCAAAUUGGAAGCCUGAUGAUUUUUUCAAGGAUAGAGAUUUCUUCUAUAAGGUCAUUCGCCCGUACGCGAUAAUGAGCAGACGCCGUGUAGAUGUAUCCAAGAAUGAUGGCAAAAGACUUCGUGCUAUUUGUAAAGGAAAGUCAUGUGAAUGGUAUGUUUAUGCAAGGAAGAUCGAAACCCACAACAACACCGAUUUUGUGGUAGUGAAUAUGCACAGAGAUCAUGCUCACACAUGCUCUCAAGUGUUGGAUCAGAGAUGGUUGACGUCCAAGUGGCUAGCUGAGCGUUACAUGGAGAAAAUCAAAGCGAAUCCACACAUCCCAUUGGCGGCUAUACGGCAGUGUGUCGAUGAGGAGUUCGGGCUCAAAGUUGGCAGGAUGAAGGCGUAUCGCGCAAGAGACAUUGCAUUAGAAGGUAUUUUUUGCAAGGAGGGACUCCAAUAUCGGAGACUGUUCAACUACAAAGCUGAAUUGGAACGGAUACACGUUGACUCUAGUGUGCAUAUACACUACGAGAACUUCAGGGAUCCUGAAGCUGUGGGCCCGAGAUUCUUGCGGUUUUAUUGUUGCCUCGGGCCGUUGAAAAAAGGUUGGAUGCGUUUUUACCGUCUGAUUAUCUUCUUGGAUGACUGUUUCUUGCGAGGUACGUACAGAGGCCAACUUAUGACGGCCAUGGGAAUUGAUCCAAACAACGACUGGUGGCCUAUUGCGUGGGCGGUGACUGAGGCUGAGAGCUAUGAGCAGUGGAAAUGGUUCCUCGGCUAUCUGGCAUAG